UUUCAGUUCACAGCUUCCAAAAGGCAGCAAAGGCCCAGAAACAGUCGAACAGCUAGAAGUUUUAUAUUCUAAAAAGAAAAUCUGUAAUGGGGAAGAUGUCGUUGGAGAACAUGACAGGAAACGGACAGGGAGACGAGCUGGUAUACUGGGCCAGUCUGCAGCAGGAUCAGGAUGAGAAGAUGGCUGGCUGUGUGUUUCCAAUGGGACCAGAGAGCUUUCAGCGCUUCACGCCGGACUCCCUGGCGGCCAUCGAGCAGCGCAUUUCCCAGGAGGAGGCCCGACGCAACAAACAAUACCAGGAGGACCUGGGCGAUGUGGUGGUCCCCCGGCCCCGGCCUGACCUGGAGGCAGGAAAACAGCUGCCGCGCAUCUUCGCCGACAUCCCGUCUCAUCUGGUGGGCGUUCCCCUGGAAGACAUCGACCCAUACUACUUCAAAAACAAGAGGACCUUCAUAGUCCUGAACAAAGGGAAGGCCAUCUUCCGUUUCAGUGCCACAUCAGCUCUCUACAUCUUCAGCCCUUUCCACCCCAUCCGCAGAAUCGCCAUCAAAAUCCUGGUCCACUCGUUGUUCAGUUUGUUCAUCAUGUGCACCAUCCUGACCAACUGCUGCUUCAUGGCCAUGUCCGAGCCGGCGUACUGGGCCAAAUACCUGGAGUAUACCUUCACAGGUAUCUAUACAUUCGAGUCUCUCAUAAAGAUCUUGGCGAGGGGUUUCUGUGUGGGACCCUUCACCUUCCUGAGGGACCCCUGGAACUGGCUCGACUUUAGCGUCAUCGUCAUGGCAUAUGUGACUGAGUUUGUGGACCUGGGUAAUGUGUCAGCCUUAAGGACGUUCAGGGUGCUGCGAGCGCUCAAAACCAUCUCUGUCAUCCCAGGCCUGAAGACCAUCGUUGGCGCUCUGAUCCAGUCAGUGAAGAAGCUCGCUGACGUGAUGAUCCUCACCGUCUUCUGUCUGAGCGUCUUUGCACUCAUCGGACUGCAGCUCUUCAUGGGAAACCUGCGGCAAAAAUGUGUUCGCAGCCCGGAGCACUGCGUCAACGGCAGCCUGCCGGCCAACACCUCCUUUUUCUGCAACAACAAGACCUGGGCCUCCCUGAAGGACUUCAUCAACGACGAAGACAACUUCUACAAGGUGGAGGGAGCCAAGGAUGCCUUAAUCUGUGGGAACAGCAGCGACGCAGGAAAGUGCCCGGAUGGGUUUGACUGUCUGAAGACGGGAAGGAACCCCAACUACGGCUACACCAGCUUCGACACCUUUGGGUGGGCUUUUCUGUCCUUGUUUCGCCUGAUGACACAAGAUUACUGGGAAAAUCUCUACCACCAGACGCUGCGUUCGGCAGGUAAGACCUACAUGGUGUUUUUCGUGGUGGUGAUCUUCCUGGGCUCCUUCUACCUGGUCAACCUCAUCCUGGCCGUGGUCGCGAUGGCGUACGAGGAGCAGAACCAGGCGACCAUCGCUGAGGCCUGCCAGAAAGAGCGAGAGUUUCAGGUGGCCAUGGAGAUGCUCAAGAAGGAGCAACAGGUUGCCGCCCAGAAAGUUCUUGACUCGGACUCGAUGAUGUCACCAGAAUUAUCCCCGUUUGGUCUGCCGUUGGACAGCAUGGAGGAGCGGAGGCGGAGUCAAGCACUGAUGGGAGUGGUCGAUGUGGAGGCGAAUUUAUCAGAGGAAAAGCUGCUGCAGGUGGAAAUACCGGACGUGGGGAGGCCCCUGCACCCCCUCCUUGCUCGCUCCUUCUCCACGAGGACUCGGCGAAGCAGUCAGGUCUCCUCCAUCUUUAACUUCCGUCUGAAGAGUCGAGGGUCGGAGGGUGAGAUGGCUGACGACGAGUACAGCGUCCCAGGUGAUGUGGUGGAAGGCGUCGGGGGUCGGACCUACAGUGGUGGGACCUUCAGUGGCAUCCUGCCCCAUCCUUGGCCCAAACGACGACCAAGCACCUACAGCACUGCCAGCAGGAACUCCCAGGUAUUUUAUCCAACUCUAAAUGUCAACGGGAAGCUGUUUGUUGCCAUGGACCAGAACGGGGUUUCCCCACCACCGCUGCAGGGGCAGCUGCCUGCCUGCACCAUGGAGAAGGUCAAGGAGGAGAGUGUCCCCACGUCCACCACGGAGCUCAGCACGAUGCUGUUACCUCGUCCUUCGUCCACACAAGGCUCAGAGCGGAGGGGGAGGACGCUCAGUGCAGCCAGCUACCUCACUGAUGCCAUGGAAGAGCUGGAGGAGGCCCAUAAGAAGUGCCACCCGUGCUGGUACGUCUUCGCCCACCGUUACCUGGUGUGGGAGUGCAGUCCCUUCUGGCUGAGGGUGAAGCAGCUGGUGAAUACCAUGGUGAUGGACCCCUUCCUGGACCUGGCCAUCACCAUCUGUAUCGUCCUCAAUACGCUCUUCAUGGCCAUGGAGCACUACCCCAUGACCGACGAGUUCAAUGGCAUGCUGAGCAUCGGAAACCUGGUGUUCUCGGGGAUCUUCACAGCAGAGAUGGUGUUGAAGAUCAUCGCUCUGGAUCCGUACUACUACUUCCAGACGGGCUGGAACAUCUUCGACAGCAUCAUCGUCUGCCUCAGCCUGAUGGAGCUCGGCCUGUCCGACGUCGAGGGGCUCAGUGUCCUACGCUCCUUCAGACUGCUUCGUGUGUUCAAGCUCGCUCGCUCGUGGCCGACGCUCAACACCCUGAUCAAGAUCAUUGGUAACUCCAUGGGCGCUCUGGGAAACCUCACGCUUGUCCUCGCCAUCAUCGUCUUCAUCUUCGCUGUAGUCGGCAUGCAGCUGUUUGGUAAAAACUACCAGGACUGUGUUUGUAAGAUCUCGAAAGACUGCGCUCUUCCUCGGUGGCACAUGAAGGACUUUUUCCACUCCUUCCUCAUCGUCUUCAGGGUGCUAUGCGGCGAGUGGAUAGAGACCAUGUGGGAUUGCAUGGAGGUUGCAGGUCAGCCGCUCUGCAUCCUGGUCUUCAUGCUGGUCAUGGUCAUCGGGAACCUGGUGCUGUUGAACCUCUUCCUGGCUCUGCUCCUCAGCAGCUUCAGCUCUGACAACCUGUCAGCACCAGACGACGAUGGGGAAAUGAACAACCUGCAUAUCGCCAUCCACAGGAUCACCAGAGGCCUGGCCUGGUGCCGCAGACAGGUGGUGGAUUUCUUCAACGGGAACCUGAAGCGUCGUCGUCAGAAGCGAAAGGAGGCGAAAGCCAUGAUGAAGCUCAAACGCCUGAGUACCAUCCACACUGAGGCCAAUGGAGCUGUCAUAGGCCGUCACGUAGAGAAGUAUGUGGUGCCGGAGGACGACAGCUACAUGACGAACCCCAACCUGACCAUCAGCGUCCCCAUCGCCCCAGGAGAGUCUGACGUGGAGUUCCCGGAGGAGGAGGAGGACGAGGAGGAGGAGGGGGAGGAGGAGCAGAGCGAAGCCUCCGAGGAAGAAGAGGAGGAGAGGGUGGAGCAGAAAGAUGAUGUCAGCCUAUCGGAGGGCAGUACGGUGGACCUGAGGAAGCCUGGGGAGGAAGAGGAUGAAUACUCAGAGAUGGCUGAAGAGGCCAUGGACCCAGACAACUGCUUCCCGGACAUGUGCGUGGCCAGGUUUCAGUGCUGUGACAUUGACACGACAUCAGGCCUCGGUGAGAUCUGGUGGAAAACGAGGAAGACCUGUUUCCAGAUCGUAGAGCACAGCUGGUUCGAGUCCUUCAUCAUCUUCAUGAUCCUCCUCAGCUCCGGAGCGCUGGCCUUUGAGGACAUCUACAUCGAGCAGAGGAAGGUGGUCAAGGUGAUACUGGAAUACGCAGACAAGAUCUUCACCUACAUCUUCAUCCUAGAGAUGCUGCUCAAGUGGCUCGCCUACGGCUUCAAGAAGUACUUCACCAACUACUGGUGCUGGCUCGACUUCCUCAUCGUUGAUGUCUCAUUGGUCAGUUUGGUGGCCAACACGUUGGGUUAUUCAGACUUUGCAGCCAUCAAAUCCCUGCGGACGCUGCGGGCCCUGCGACCCCUCAGAGCCCUCUCCAGAUUUGAAGGCAUGAGGGUGGUGGUUAACGCUCUGAUCGGGGCGAUUCCCUCCAUCAUGAACGUGCUGCUUGUCUGUCUCAUCUUCUGGCUCAUCUUCAGCAUCAUGGGCGUCAACCUGUUCGCCGGGAAGUUCGGCCGCUGCGUCAACCGCACUGGCUAUGUCCACGAGGCCUCCGAAAUCAACAACAAGUCCCAGUGCGAGUCGCGCAACGACACCUCGCAAUACUACUGGACCAAAGUCAAGGUCAACUUUGACAACGUGGGGGCCGGGUACCUGGCUCUGCUGCAAGUGGCAACUUUCAAAGGCUGGAUGGACAUCAUGUAUGCAGCUGUGGAUUCACGAGCUGUUGAGGAGCAGCCUAUCAAGGAGAUCAAUCUGUACAUGUAUCUGUACUUUGUCAUCUUCAUCAUCUUCGGCUCCUUCUUCACCCUCAAUCUCUUCAUCGGUGUUAUCAUCGAUAACUUCAACCAGCAGAAAAGGAAGUUAGGAGGACAGGAUAUCUUCAUGACAGAGGAGCAGAAGAAAUACUACAAUGCUAUGAAGAAACUGGGCUCCAAGAAACCUCAGAAGCCCAUCCCCAGACCUCUGAACCCGCUGCAGGGCUUCUUCUUCGACCUGGUGGCAAAGCAGGCGUUCGACAUCAUCAUCAUGGUGAUGAUCCUCUUCAACAUGAUCACCAUGAUGGUGGAGACGGACGAGCAGUCGCCCCAGAUGGAGUACAUCCUUAACAAAAUCAACCUGGCCUUCAUCAUCGUCUUCACCUUCGAGUGCCUCAUCAAGAUCAUGGCGCUGCGAUGCUACUUCUUCACAGUCGGCUGGAACAUCUUCGACUUCGUGGUCGUCAUUCUCUCCAUCGUUGGUAUCGUGCUCGCUGACAUUAUCGAGAAGUACUUUGUCUCGCCAACACUGUUCCGAGUGAUUCGACUGGCUCGUAUUGGACGGAUUCUGCGUCUCAUCAGAGGCGCUAAGGGCAUCCGGACGUUACUGUUCGCCCUCAUGAUGUCCCUCCCUGCUCUCUUCAACAUCGGGCUCCUCCUCUUCCUGGUCAUGUUCAUCUACGCCAUCUUCGGCAUGGCCAACUUCGCCUAUGUCAAAAGGCAGUCGGGGAUCGACGACAUGUUCAACUUUGAGACAUUUGGGAACAGCAUGAUCUGCUUGUUCCAGAUCACCACCUCCGCUGGCUGGGACAGCCUGCUCAGCCCCAUCCUCAACAACUCCCCCGAGGAGUGCAACCCCAACAUCCCCCACACCGGCACCACCGUCCGGGGGAACUGUGGGAACCCCUCGGUGGGCAUCACCUUCUUCGUCACCUACAUCAUCAUCUCCUUCCUCAUCGUAGUGAACAUGUACAUCGCCAUCAUCUUGGAGAACUUCAGCGUGGCCACAGAGGAGAGCACCGAGCCGCUGAGCGAGGACGACUUUGAGAUGUUCUACGAGGUUUGGGAGAAGUUCGACCCAGAGGCCACGCAGUUCAUUGAGUACGCCAAGCUGUCAGAUUUUGCAGAUUCGCUGUCAGAGCCGCUGCGCAUCAGCAAGCCUAACAAGAUCAAACUGAUCUCCAUGGACCUGCCCAUGGUCAGUGGGGACAAGAUCCACUGUCUGGACAUCCUCUUUGCCUUCACAAAGCGUGUUCUGGGUGAGUCGGGCGAGAUGGACGCCCUCAAGCAGCAGAUGGAGGAGAAGUUUAUGAUGGCCAACCCGUCUAAGAUCUCCUAUGAGCCAAUCACAACAACUCUGAGGCGCAAACAGGAAGAGGUCUCCGCCACGGUGAUCCAAAGGUGCUAUCGCAGACACCUGGUAAGGCGGCAGUUGAAGGCCGCCUCCUACUUGUACCGCCAGAUCACCACACCUCGACAUGUCGGAAGUGAAGGUGAAGAAGGCAGCGAGGUCUUCGGGGAGGAUGCACCUGAGAAAGAAGGGCUGAUCGCCACCAUGAUGAGGGAAAACUAUGGUUCGAGUUUGUUAGGGAUAGAGCGCUCCGAGACGGUCUCCUCCAUUUCGUCCCCGCCCUCCUAUGACAGCGCGACGCGAGCCACAUCAGAGAUCUUGCACCCGUUCGCUGCCAACUCAGAAACAAUCCCUGUCGAGACAGCAGACAGCGAACCGAGUGAACAAUCGACGUCAGUGGUCGACUCUGACAGACAGCAGGAAACAGUACCAUAGCGGGAACCAAAAAGUUUUACAAAUUAGGAUAUCCUCGUUUUGGGUUAAGCCUGUUUGUUCUUUUGUUCACUGAAUGUACCAUAGCUGAGGAGUGCUGAGUAGAUGGCAGGAAGAAGCUAUAAGCGAGGAACUGCAGGAGGAAUCGAGUGAAAGAGCAAAAAAAAAGUGGAAUAUUUACUACCUUUAACGUUAUUUCCUGUUCCCUGCGGAGAUUCCUGGACUCGACUCAACAGCGUUUUUGGAGUUUCUUAAAGGGAAGCAGAAAAACUGCAGUAACAGAGAGGGAAACCCCGUCUGUCAAGUCAACUCUGCCUUUGUUGGAGUAAAAGACAGAAGCGUAGAUCCCUUUGACCUCUUGGGUCUCUCACGUGGACCGGAGCCAGGGGUUCGGAACACUGACUGACCUUUGACCUCGGCUACAGGGGGUCAGAGGUGUCACAACAACUAUAUCAGAUGUAUCCAUCAUUUAUUGGCCUGGGGGGUUUGUGCCUUCCCACAGUUGAUCAAUAUUCUCAGAGUACGCCUGGCUGUCAGAGUGACGGUGUUCCUGGUGGUGUUUCUCGGCACGUUACUGUCUGACUGACUGAGACUCAAGAGAGGAGGCAAAGUAAUGACAACGUGAUUUUAAAACAUGUUUUCGUAGUAAAAAGUAUAACUUUGUUGAUGUUACCAGUCUUUUAAUAGCGGUACAAUUAUUACUAUUUUUUAUAUUUUUUAGAGUAAGUUGAAGAAAAACAAUAAGCAGGCUCCCUCUUUCGACUUUGGAGUGGCACUAGCUAAGAGAUUGUAAUAGAGGAGAAGAGAGGGUGCGGUCAGGAAAAGAAAACUAAAAAAUCUGAGAAGUAACUUCAUCUGUUUUUGUUGGCAGUUUUGCACUUUUGAGUUUACAUGUGCUGUCACUUUACUGCACCUGGGCAAAGAUACAUUGAAAAGAAGAGCCUGGGAUGUAUUUAUUUUUAAUCUGAAACCUUUCAGAUGACACCAAAAACUAAUACAAGUGCACAAUGAGAUUUUAAACCCGGACUCUUCCAACAUGUCUUUUGCCCUGGUGGUGAACAUCCUCAUGUCCUUUACUUUUUUGGCCGAUGGGUGAUUUGUCUAAAAGUCCAGAUUGAAAGUAAAUUUUUUGAGCUUCCCUUCACGAACAAACUUGAACAAAAAAACUCCUGCUGCAUUGAUACAUUUGCAAAUUGGUGGUUACUGGCUGGUAGUCAAGACUGACAUUGAUCAAUGAUGUGAUUUGGUAAGAAUGUAGUGUGCAGAUGUGAUGUUAAACGUAAAAAUCAGCAAUUUGGUGCAAGAGGUUUAUCAAUAUCUCAAGUACAUUUAUUGUUUACUCAAAAUUCUAAAUAAUUUAAUAAGCUUUGCUAAAAAGAAAACACGUAUUUAUAAAAACAACAUUUAUAUCACAAGACAUUGACACCUCAGGCUUUUUUCAAAGCCAUAUAAAUAUUGUUCAGUGCAUUUUAAAGGAGCAGACUGGUGGUUUGAGACAAGCUUGGAAAAAAUGGAAAUAAUAUAAAUUUAAGUAUGUUUAAUAAGCAUGCAACAAACCAGCAGUCUUUGCAUUUUACCAACUGAACAAAGUAAAUGCAUGCAGGACUUCUCUUACAUGUUGGGCUUUUUUAAUGCCAUGAAUAAUGUUUUUCUUUUUUGGCAAAUCACCCGCUGUCAUUAUCUACCCGUCUGGUUUGAGUUCGGCUCGGCACAAACAACUCACACCCAAACCAAAUUCUUUAAGGCUUAAAUGGGCUCAAGAAUAUUUGAGGUGUCGACCGGCCCUGACCAGAGUGCGACAAUCAACUCAGCACCUCAGCAUCAGGAUUUCACUCUGUUCAGUUCGAUGAAAAGCUCACGCUGAUCUUCAUGAUUUGGUGUUUGGUCGGUCAUCAGUGUCCUGGAAAAACAGCUGAUUAUCAGUGUACAGAUCAGUCCACAGCUGAAAACCCAGUCAGAUCGUUUUCAGUGCAGUCAUGUUCUUAAAGAAACAAGUGAGAUGUUGCCGAAGUCAAGACGAAUUCUUUUGAAGAUCAGAACAGUUUGCUAAGUGACUCAUUUGUUGUCAUUCAAAAUGGUGACAAGAGGAUAUAUCAGGCUGUGAGACACACUCAACCAUUGUUGGUAGAUACAUUCACUUUUGGAUUUUGUCUCUUGAUGGGAUUGGUUGACAGUAAGUAAAUGUAGACUGUCACCAGACUUAUCCUUUAGGUGUUAUAUCAUUUAUCAUCCCAGGUGAGAUUCUAUCUGAGAAUGUUUAGACCGAAUACUUUUUCAGGAAAAUAUCAGUAAAGUUAUAGUUACUAACUGUAAAUGAACCGGUGCUCCUGACGACAGUCAAACAGCGUUCGUCUGUGUUACAAACUACUUGGAGUCAUUUAAAAAUGGCUGCAGCUGAGCAGGUUUUUCCAGAACACUGGUGUGAUGAUGCUGAAACCUUUUCUGCUUCCCGUUUCCGCGGAACGAUAUGAAGAGUUUCGUGUGGGAAAUAAAUUGGGGAAGUUCUGAUUGAUGAUAAGAUUUGGAGGUAAUUUUAUAGUUUCAAAAAGUGGGAUUUUGCUAAAAGUUUAUACUUUUUCCCCUGAAGGGUAUCUGAGUUUGAAAGGAGACUCUUCAAAUCAAAACGGUACGUUAUUUAUUUAUUUAUUUAUUUAUUGACUUUAUUUUCUGGUUAAUUGCUUUAUUUAAAUCUAAGAUUGUUUUUUUUUGUUUUUGUUUUUGGCACGUUUUAGCUGCGCCCUGGAGGAAAAGCGGAGGCUGAGCGAGACGGCUCUUUAUCUAUUUUGCACAGAUAAACAAAAAAACAAACCGCGUCUAGCAAUAACGGUUUGCCGAAAACUUUUAAGUGAGUUCUUAGGUAACACUUGACUUCACAGAAGCUUUUUCUCACUGUAUGAAUCUGUGGAGUUACGUCCGGAGGGGGAAUACUGAUUUGUUGAAAUCUGCUAAACUCUGACAGUGUUGCUGAGAUCUCGCAGACGCACAGGUGAAUACACUGGCAUGGACCUGCUGUGAAGCAGUGCUACCGCUUGUUUUUAUUAAGAUGAAGUGUCAAAGUGUGUGUGUACAGCGUUCAGUUUGCUUUGAUCUCAAUAUUUCGAACAACCUCUCUCUCUCUCUGUCUCUGUUGUCGUGGUCACCCGAGGGAUCUUUACUAAGCGCUUUACUAGACUAAUUAAAAAAGGAAAAAGAAAAAAAAAAACAAUUUUACUGGCACCGUCUGGACUCUAUUUCUACUAGAUUCUAUUGAGAAUAGAUAACCAUAUAAACUAGGUAAAUACUUAAGACACUGCUGAACUCUGCUGCGAGGCGUAUUUCAGGUUGCAGUUGUGCUGAAGGGCUGUUUUCAGUAGCAAUAGACCCAGAGUGUGCCUGCUACAUACGAACCCCGACACUCCAAGCCAUGCUUUCCCAUUGAUUGACUGACUGAUAAUGUGCUUGAUUGACGGACUGGUUGAUAAUUUGAUUUCUUGACUGGCAGACUGAGUGAUUAUUUGAUUGGUUUAACAUUUGGUUGGUUGAUUGAUGAAAUGAUUCUUAACGCUUUUUGAUAUUGAACGAGGUUCACGGUCCCCCCACAGCCCCCCCCCCAUCCAUCCCUGCUGUGACUCUUCCUCAUAAGUUGUCAAACAAACAGCACAGAGAGCUGAUUGGCUGAUUUAGUUCUGUAUUUUGAAUUUUAAAACCGUCAAAGAGGUUCAGAUUCACUAAAGUCUGCAGGAAAAGUGCAUUUUUUUUCUUUUACAAUGGUGCCCUAAAGAGAAAAUGCUUUUUGGGCUGUGGGGGAUUUUUUUUGUUGCAGAACAGCGAGUUACUGACUUGCUUCGCUGUAGCUCUCUUAAUACAGCCAUGCCUCAUAAUAUCAGUACUUCAGCAGCUGAAGAGGAAAACAAAUGCACAAAGUUGCCCUCACAGUGUAAUUUUAGUGAAUCUGGACCUCAGACUCUGGUUUGCACUGAGCACAAAAACACUUACGACUCAGAUUUACAGUCUGAAUCAGGACAGUUAACUGGUAUUAAGCUCGGAGUUUGUUCACCUGAAUCUGUGUGAAACCAACACUUAAGCAUAAAAACAAACCAACGUCAGCUCUCUGCACCUGAUCUUCACUCUGUACUGACUGUAUGAGGUGAAAAAAAGGAUUGAAACAGUCUGGAAACCUUCAAAAUAACCCCCAACGUGUCCAAGCAGGAAAGGAAAACUGCAGGAAAAGGUGGAGAAAAGAAAAUCUGUGUCACUUUCUUUCCUGUUCUGAUAUGAAAAAGUUAAAAUUGAAAGCAAAAAUAAACACUCAUUUUAGAGGAAAACUACCGUCUUUGCUCUGAGCUGUGGGUCAGUCCAUGUGGUGCUACGAAGGGGUUUUUGGAAGAGUCCAUAUUAAGAUCGGAGGGGGGUGUUAAAACACAAACUCAGACUGCGAAUCUCUGCUCCUUCCUGCCUUCUUUUCCCCGUUUCAAAACCAAAAGCUGCUUUGUCAUCUUCGAAAACAAAACGACAAACAUCUACUUACCAAUACGGAGGAAAUGCACAGUGGUUUCAUUGUUCAUUAUUAUUACUAUUGUUACUAUUAACUGUGUGAUAAAUGCAAUACAACAGUUGUGUAAACAGGCAGUGAGUGAUGCUGUAUCUUAUUUACAGUAUGAGGAUCAUAAUAACGAUGAUGUUUUUACUUUGUUUGUCGUCAAUGAUUUGGUUUCUCACCGCUUAAACCACCAUCGCCCCGUUUACACCGCAACUGGUUUCACAACGGUUGUCGAACUGGUUUCACCUGGUCUCCGGCUUCAUAUCAGUCCCCCAGAAACCUCAUAUCACAUGGAGAAAGUUGCCUUUUUCAGGAACAGAGGGGAGAAUGUGUUUCCCCUCCUGACGCCUCAUGACUCUUCUUUUAUUCCAGCCGAAAUUGGGGAACAUUUCUCUCAUUAAUGUAAUUUUAAGACAAACUGGGGCUGCUGACAGUCAAACACAUCAAGUUGGAAAAUAUAAAUCACUUAGUUGGAGCUUGAAACAAGCAGUUUUUUUGUGUUUUUGCUGGAAAAAGUUGAGAAGAUACACGUCACACUUGGAGGGUAAAAACCUUGUAUAUCCAAAGAUGUAAGAACGAUCAUGGGAAAAUGAGAUUUGUAAAUCUGAGAAUCCAAAUCUUUAAAUGUGUAAUGUUUCCAUAUUUUUUAAGUCUAUUUCAGAAACAUCUGAAAGUGAGAGACAAACAACAAGUUACAAGGUUUUUGUCUGACCUCAGUGGUACUCAUGCUCUGCAACCGUUGGCAGAAACUCUUGCCGGUGAAACUUCGGUGUAAAGGAGGCGAAAGCCGUGCCUCAGUGACCCCACCUUGGUGUUUUAGAGACAAUAAUAAUAAUUACAAUGAUUAUAAUAUGAAUAUAUAUAAAUAUAUAUAUAUAUACUUUUUAGUACUUUGAGUUGAAAUACUUUUUAGUAUUUUGCAAAUACAUGUCUCUGUAUAUAAAACAAAAGCCUCCUGUAAUAAACAAGAAAAAAAUUUAAUACUGAA